GGGAGGGAGGAGGCCCGGCCAGACCCGAAGUGGGGGAGGCCUUCCUUCAGGACCCACUGCGGCAGUUGAGCUUUCGUGGGCCAGCCCCCCCCCCUUCCUCAGACCUCCGGGAACGCUCACUUUCCACAGGUCUGGCGAAGGGGGUCUUGGCCCACAAAAGCUCGCCUUAAAAUAUCGCAGCGAGUCUUGAAGGAAAGCCCCUGCCCCCUCCCUCUUUGGGUCUGGUCUGGUCUUGUUUGGUCCCUCUGGAUGUGGCCGGAUCAGCUCACACAGGUUAACAGCCUCUUCCAAAACUAAGGAAUCUAGGGGUGUGAAAGAGCCAAGGCCCAAGAGGGACUAAACAUUGGUUGGGAUUCGCCCAGGCUCGGUCUCUGAGUUGAAACCAGGUAGUGGGAAAGGUUUAUUUCAGGUGCAACCUGCCACCUUGGUCAAUAAAUUAAUAAACCUAGCAUACCAGCGACUCUUAAGGGGGAUGCCUUACCCGUUUAAUCCAAAAAACAAAAAUAUUGACUGUACAGCGAGAUCAGCUAAAGGGUGAAGUCCCUGCCCAAAUAAUUUUUACAAAAAAUUGUUCUCAAGGCUGCUGUCAUUUCUAGUCUUUUAAUAUUAUUAUCAAGUGCUGCUUAAGCUCUGAAUGGAACCAGAGUAUCCUUCAUAUGGACUUUUUCUUGUUUUGCUCAGUCUGUGCAUACUCCAGAGAAUUUUAGACCUAGGCCUUCAUUGUAAUGCAAAGCAUAAAUCGGACAGCAGCAGCAUAAAAAGUCUCUGGCUCAUACCACUCGGGACAAACCUACAGGAAAAGGUUUCAAGAAUUGCAGUAGAGACUUUGUGAGUGAUGGCCCUUGACACUGUGGAGGAGCUGUUGAACCUUGACUGUGGUUCUCUAGUGGCCUACCAACUGGACAAAAAUUCCCAGCUCGACUCUAUCAGCUUCCAGACCAUGCUGAUGAGAGAGGUCUUCUUAAAUCACCCAGAGGUAGUAUUGAUACAUCGAACCCACAACACAUGGGGCAAGGUCCUGUACGUGUUUAUGGUGGACAAGCCUUUCUUGAGUCUUGAGGGAGAAAUGACCAAAGUGAUCCAUUUUUCAAUCCCAACCAAGGAAUCAGCUAAAGAUCUUGCUCGUCUAUACCGCACCUUCAAGGCAUUCAACCCCGAGUGGAAGCAGAUAAAGACUUUCCUGGUGGAUCCACAGUUUCGGUUGCUGUCCACACUGUCCGAAGCAUUUCCCUCUGCAGAAGUCACACUGUCUGUCUUCCAUAUAUGCAAGCACUUGCAGCACAAGAUCCAUCGGGUCUCCCUGGAACUCCACACAGAAAGGCUGAUCCUGAGUGCCGUGCGGAAUGCCAUGUGUGCCCCCAGUGAAAGUAACUUGAGGAAUAUGCACCUCAUCGUGAGCAAAUUUGUGAAACCAGACCUGUUACCAGAGCUGCACAAGGACUGGCUGCUCAAUGAAAAGAUCUGGGCUUUGCACCGCUGGCGGACCUGGAAAGAGUGCAGCCAGUAUUUCAAGGACCUGGAGGUGAUAACGCGCAGCUUAAGCCAGGGGUUUGGUGUCAGAGCCUCUCUGGAGACCUGCAUGGCUAAUAUCAUCAGGCAUUAUCAGAUGAGUGUUUCAAAGAGCAGCCUGUCCUCCCCGGCUGCCUUGCUCAUUCAGAAUAUCUCAUCCUUUCAUAACUCUAUGCUUCUGAACUCACCCCCUGCCAAAGCUCAGAAGCCACUGCUUCCUCGGGAUCCUCCGCCAGCAGCCCCUCAGGCCACCUUGGAGCCAAGGGAAGAGGUUGCCAAAGAGGCCACCCGGGAGCGGGAGGCAGAGGUUUCUACACAAGAGGCCAGAGGGCUUCUCCGGCAGUCCUUGGCUGACCUCUGCACGGAGCCUGCAGCUCAGCUGUGUCUGAACGAACUGGCUGUGGUCCAGAGUUCUGUGCACCUGAUGGGAACACAUGAGCACACCGUCAACGUCCAGCUGCUGGAGGACGCCCAGACAGUGCGCCCGAGAGCCCCCAGCAGCUGCAUGUGCCACUUCAGCCAGACGUUCCGGCUGCCUUGCAGGCACCUCCUGGCUGUGCUCAACGCAGAAGGGAAGGACCUGGAGCCCAGGAGGAUCCCUGCGCAGUGGCGCAAAGGGCCGGGCACCUCUCUGCCGGGACAUACCGACACUGAUGGCCUGUUGGACGUCCCAAGAAGUUCGUGGAAUCAGUUGCUCGAUAAGUACCUGGCAGUAUCGUUUCUGACCACAGAGAUCAGCCGGCUUCUGAGUCAGUGCAGCCAAGAGGAGUUUGACCGUAGGUACAGCACUCUCCGGGAACUGGCAGAUAGCUGGAUUGGGCCUUAUGUGCAGGUCAAACUAUAAUCUUUCAGGCAUGUGAGCAGGCUGACUUUUUCUGUCCUGCUUUUCCUUUCUGUGUUUUUCUGUAGAAAUGCUGGGAAUGGCCAGUUAGGUGACCUUGUGACUUCUGUGUGUCUGGAUCGCCAGCUCUCUGAGACUAAUGAGGGCAUAUGGCCCGAGGCAUGCCUGAAUGGGACUUGCAGCUGGCAAGCUUUGGCCCUGUCCAGGCUGCCCCCCUCUCCUCUCCCGGCGAUUGCUCCCACACAGUUAAUGCAGUCAAACCCUCCAGUUGCUUGUCUCUCAUUGUGGCCUGGUUUUUCAUCUUGUCCACCCCAAUCAUCAUUGCUCUUGUUGUUGUUAUUGACUUGGUUCCUGCAGAAUUCUUUGGGAGCAGGGUUUAAUUUGACCUAAUAAAUGUCCUUUUCCUGUU